AUGAUAAAUUCAAGUAUCUGGCGAUUUCGCGCGAUCGCGCUUAAAGCAUGCGAAAAAAACAGCAAAACUCCGCGAAUACUCCGUGAAAAUCCAUGCAAUACUCCGUGGACGCUCCAUGAGAACACCACUUUGUCAAUACUCAUUGAGAAUACGGACAAUACUCUUCUAACGCACGAAAGUUCCAAAAGAUUGAGAUUGUCAAUCAAUGAUUCAAGUAAUGAAGAUCAUGACUCCGACUCACUUGAUGCUCGUGAAUCUUCUAAAGCAAGAUCACGUUCAAGAUCUCGUUCACGUUCACUUUCUGCAUCUCGUACUCCUCAUAUGAAUACAUCAACCAACUCAAAUAUAGGUGCUAUGGUUGCAGACACUGAUUCGAUAGUAGGGAUGAAACAAGAAAAUAGUGUUCAUGAUUCUGACGAUGGAAGUACUGGACAUACUAGCCUAAGUCCAUCGCAUACUCCAUCUUUAACUUCUGUUUUUACUCCCCAAAGAAAUGACACACCAGCACCAGAAAACUUAAGUCUCCGGAAAACAGCUAGUCCAAUUCAAAUACCUUCUCAAACUGUUUCUCAAGCUGUUAAUCUUGUACAGACUCGAUAUAGCCCGCCACCUUCAUCGUUAACGGCUGCAGCUGCCCAUUUUACACCUUAUUUAUCUCUUUAUGGACCAACUGCAAGUUCACUUUAUUGUUCACCAACACUUUAUCAGCACCAACAUCAUCAUCAUUUAGCUGAACCACGAGAUAUGCAAAUGCAGAUGCAAAUGCAGAUGCAGAACGUUCAACAAUCUUGCAGUAUACAAGUUCAACAACAACAGCAGCAACAACAACAACAACAACAACAACAACAACAACAACAACAACAACAACAACAACAACAACAACAACAACAACAACAACAACAACAACAACAACAACAACAACAACAACAACAACAACAACAACAUCAACAACAACAACAACAACAGCAGCAAAGGUCACCAAUAGAUGUUUUACUUCGAGUAUUUCCUGGAAGACGCCGAGCUGAUGUUGAAGCUCUUCUUCAUCGUUGCAAAGGUGACGUAGUAUCAGCAAUGGAAGUUUUAGUUUGUGAAGAUAGUAUCCAACCAAAAUCUGCGUUUUCGCCUCUUGCUGGUGCCUUAGCAUCUGCAGCUGCAGUGUCUGCUGCUUCAGCUGCAUCGGCUGGCAAUUAUACCUCACGAACUGCUUAUUGUGGUCCAAGUCCUCCAACGCGACAUCGAUUCCUUGCAGCUCCUUAUGCAGGUACAGGUUAUCUGCCAACUGUUAUUAGACCACCAAAUCAAACAAAUCAUUCAAAUGGCACAAGUGAAGUCUACCGAGAAACCAGUCCCGACGAUGCCAGUGAUAAAACCAGUUACUCCGAAUGA